GUGUGUGGAAUGUGGAAAGAGGUUCGGUCAUAGUUCCCAUCUACGUACCCAUCAAAAAACCCAUACCGGAGAGAAGCCACAUAAAUGCAUGGAAUGUGGGAAGAUGUUCAGCCAGAAUUCCCAUCUACGUAUCCAUCAAAAAACCCACAGUGGGGAGAAGCCACAUAAAUGCAUGGAAUGUGGAAAGAUGUUCAACCAGAGUUCCCAUCUACGUACCCAUCAAAAAACCCACAGUGGGGAGAAGCCAUAUAAAUGCAUGGAAUGUGGGAAGAGUUUCUCUCUUAAAGGUGGUUUAAAGUCGCAUCAAAGAACACACACGGGCGAGAAAGCGUAUCAGUGUAUGGAAUGUGGACGGAGCUACGUUAAUAAUGGAAGUCUUACUUUGCAUCAGAGAACUCACACAGGGGAGAAGCCAUACAAAUGCAUGGAAUGUGGAAAGGCCUUCUGUCAAAGUGGAGAUCUUCAUAUACAUCAAAGAAUUCACACAGGAGAGAAACCAUAUAAAUGCACAGAGUGUGGAAAGAGCUUCUCUUGCCACCUGUAUUUAUGGAGACAUCAAAAAAUCCACACUGGGGAGAAACCAUAUCACUGCAAGGAGUGUGGAAGAAGCUUCACUCAGAUAGCACACUUACGUAAUCAUCAAAGAAUCCACACUGGGGAGAAACCAUAUCACUGCAAGGACUGUGGCAGAAGCUUCACUCAGAAUGCACAAUUACAUAAACAUCAAAGAACCCAUACUGGGGAAAAGCCAUUCCAGUGCGUGGAAUGUGGAAAGAGUUUCACUCAGAGUGGCGAUCUGCGUUCACAUCAAAGGACCCACACAGGAGAGAAGCCAUACGAAUGCACUGAAUGUGGAAAGACAUUCAGUCUUAGACAUAGUCUAAAUUCACAUCGAAAAACGCACACAGGGGAGAAGUCCUAUAAAUGCACUGAAUGUGGAAAGACCUUUGCUUGGAGUAACAGUUUACGUUCACAUCGAAAAACCCAUACAGGAGAGAAGCCAUAUAAGUGCAUAGAAUGUGGGAAGACGUUCUCUCAUGGUUCGAAUUUACGUUUACAUCAAAGGACCCACACUGGAGAAAAGCCAUAUCAGUGUUUGGAAUGUGGAAAGCAUUUCAGACAGAGUGCACAUCUAUUAGUGCAUAAAAAAUCCCAUGCGGGAAAAUAACCAUUUAUAUAAACGAAAUGUGAGCCAGAAUGUGUGUUCAUUUGUUCAGUCGUCCCCGAAUCUUCGUGACCUCACGGACCAGCCCACACCAGAGCUCCCUGUCAGCCGUCACCACCCCCAGCUCCUUCAAGGUCAGUCCAGUCACUUCAAGGAUGCCAUCCAUCCAUCUUGCCCUUGGUCGUCCCCUCUUCCUUUUGCCUUCCACUUUCCCCAGCAUCAUUCCCUUCUCUAGGCUUUCCUGUCUCCUCAUGAUGUGGCCAAAGGACUUCAACUUUGUCUCUAGUCUCCUUCCCUCCAAUGAGCAGUCGGGCUUUAUUUCCUGGAGGAUGGACUGGUU